AUGAACCAUCUCAUGAUGCAAUGGUCUUUGUCGUUGAUCAAUCUAUUCUUGCCUCCUAAGGUGGGCUACAAGCCGGCAGGUGGAUUGAGGUCUUGGCGGGACGCAUUGGAGUUCACAGCUCUGGUGCACAGCAUGCUGGGUCCGGGUUGGGUGAAUCGAGAGUACUUCCGAAUUGGAGCCAGCUCUCUCCUUGGUGGCAUUGAGUCGCGUAUUUACAACCUUCUGCACAACACGGCACCACGUUCUGGUGACCUAGCUCUCAUGUAA